AUGGCGCCACCAAAAACCCGCUCGGCCUCAUCCAGCAACGAGAACUCUGAACUCGAAGGGAAGUCAAACAACGAACCUACACUGUCAGAUAUCCUCGCUGAAAUUCGCAAGCUCAAUGUCAAGCAAACAAGUCAUGAUGCUGAGUUAGCAGAACUAAGCGUUAGAUUUUCGGAAUUAGAGGCAACGAUAAAACUCAAUAAAGACUCCAGCGCGGCUGUGAAAAACGAUACAUUGAGCGACAAUGAAUCUAAAGUCUCCGAAUAUAUCGACAAGCCCAAGGGUUCAAAUAAUUUUCCUCCAAGAGACCCACUUAUUAUACCCGGACUUAAGUCUACAUGGAAUCCUGCAAAACAAAUUUACUUAACCUAUCCGAUCCUUGUAUUGAUAGGGAAAAUAGAAGCAGCUGGGCCUCUUUUAAUUCGAAAAGCGAAUAUAUUCAAUGGUUGUGGAAGCACUGGUGCGAACUAA